GAUGAAUGAGAGCAUAGACCACGACUCGUACUCACGCUGCAUAGGCGGUGCCUCGAUAAUAAUUAACCUAGUUGUACUUACUAGUUGCGCGAAUAGUCUAUUUAAUUUAAAGCUAUUUUGUGUAAAAAAGUUUUUAUUUUUCGGCAUUUGUACCGGUGUACGACCUACAGCGCAGCCAGGGGGCUUGAUUAAUCGCCUAUAAGAGACGAAUACUGCUUUGUGCCUGGUAAAGUUGUAUUGUCUAGAAAGUAAUCAACGCGGAACUGACUCACUAAUCAGCUAGACACGGAUAAGGGUGGUCGAUUUUAGUGAUUGCAGGUGCACUGGGACCGUUUUCGGCUACCAUUGGUUUUUAAUUUUCGUUUUAAUAAAGUACUUGUCGCAGAACCUAGAAAGUGUGCCAUUUGCGAGUGAUGAAACAAAGUGAAAGUUUUGUGUGUUUUGUUAGUCUUUUUAAACAAAUGUCUUAGAAAUAUUUGCUAGUAGUGGUUUUCUCGACGAUAACUGAAGAAUCGGCUUUUGUUAUCUUAUCGGAAACCAAAGUAUAAGAAGUUUAGUAAGACUUUCGAACCUACAUUAACACGUACACGAACAUGGCCGCGUACCUUAACAACCAACAGCAGAUGCAGAUCCCAAUGGCUGGACCCCAUGAAAUAAUUCCUCUUCAACGGAUGACCACCCGGGAAGAAGCAACGGAAAGACAACGAAUUCGCGACAUUUUUGAUAAGUAUGACAAGAAUGGAACAGGACUAUUGUCAGUUCAAGAAUUGAAACGCAUGAUCAAUCAUCGGCGAUGCCCAGAUCUCCCGAAAGGAUUCGCCAAGAAUCUGAUGAAAACGGCUGACCUAAAUAAUGAUGGUCAUUUGGAUUUCGAAGAGUUCUACCAACUGUCUCGUGAGCACCACUAUCUCUUUCGUGAUAUGUGUGUUUGGUACUGCCGAAUGGUGGUGCCAAAUCGGAACCCAGCAUUUGCCGACGAACCCGGCGCGGCAUCAGCAUUCCAACGACAAAUUUCCACUGCUACAGUUAUUUCUGAACGAGAUGGCGAGUACGAGCGGAGCAUGACUUUCUGGCCUCCUCCUUUAACUAUGAUAGUAUUCUCAAUUGUAGAGAUAAUAUUUUUCGUAAUAGAUAUUGUUAAAACUAAUAAUCAGCUGGGAACUAGCACCAAUGGACCGAUGGCAACUCUCUUCAUCUAUAAUCCCCAGUUGCGGGAACAGGCAUGGCGAUUUGUGACCUACAUGUUUGUGCACAUCGGUUUUAUGCACAUUGUGAUGAACCUAUUGGUUCAAAUAUUCCUCGGUGUAGCACUCGAGCUUGUUCACUGCUGGUGGCGGGUGGCAUUAGUCUAUCUGGCUGGUGUUUUGGCUGGAUCAAUGGGAACGUCUAUUUUUUCACCCCGAGUUUUUCUAGCUGGUGCAUCUGGUGGUGUAUAUGCGCUUAUCACAGCCCAUAUCGCUACCAUCAUAAUGAACUGGCGCCAAAUGGAGUAUGCUAUAGUGCAGCUGUUUGUUUUUGUCGUGUUUUGCGUAACGGAUCUGAGUGUAUCAAUCUACAAUAGUAUUUACGAUCCCUUCGACAAGGUUGGUUAUAUUGCACAUGCAAGCGGCGCUUUGGCCGGUUUUCUUGUGGGAAUUGGUGUUCUCCGUAAUCUUAAGGUGAAUCCGUGGGAGCGGAAACUAUGGUGGUGUGCUGUGACGAUAUAUUUUCUGCUGAUGAGUGCAGGAAUUCUUUUCCACAUUUUUAAUCCUAAUCAUUUCUAUCCGGUCUUCGCAUAAUCGUCACACAAAUGCUGAAGGUGACAGCAACUCCUACUUGCACAAAACAACAACAUCGUACAACUUGCAUUUCGAUCAUGAUUUCCAAAUCGCAUCCUGUUAAACGAGGUAGCAUCGCGAUGACAACGUGCCUUGUGUAUGUGACUUCUGUACGUGACUUACGCACAGUGAAAACACGCUAUUCUAAAUAUUUAUAAGGAAACUCGACCUACAAAGUUCAUUCCGUACAACGUGUAUUUUUAAUUGACUAGAUAGUGCUAUUUUUAUUCAAUGAAUGAAGCUUAGCUUUAGAUAUCCCAUUUUACAACUACUCUGUGACCUAUUUAGUAAUCUAAUCACUAUUAGCUAGCUACUUUUAUACUUUCCUUUUGUAGAUGAAAACAAUUAAUAUUAAAAAAACGGAAAGGUGUCUUAAAUUUAUUUCACAUGACUUAUGCGAAUUUUGCAAUUUUAAUUAUAAGUAUAUUUAUAUACAAUUAAAAUGAAAAAUAAAUGUUUAGGUUAAAUUUGUA